AUGGCACUUGCGGAGUUUGUUAAAUUCAAGGAACCUUUGUCGUUCGUUAAUACUGAUCCGGCUAUUCAUGCUCCAGCACCAUUGGAGCACAAUGAUGAACUGUCUAUCCCAGUGGAACCCGUUAUUAAGGGGUUCAUGGAACCGAUCGACGAAGGAAUUGCUUCCCAAGACUUGAGGAUUCGAUUCACGCAUGGUACAACUACCUUAGCAUUUAAGUAUCAAGGUGGAAUUAUCGUUUCAGUCGAUUCACGAGCGUCAGCUGGCUCUUACAUCGCAUCCCCACACGUGCACAAGGUUUUGAAGAUUAAUAAGUAUCUUUUGGGAACCAUGGCUGGAGGUGCCGCUGAUUGCUCGUAUUGGGAGCGUGUGCUUGCAAAACAUUGCAGGUACGCGAUUUUCAUAAAACAAACACACCCCUUAAGACUGUUUGAGUUGCGUAACAAAGAACGCAUUUCAGUCGCUGCUGCUUCAAAGCUCCUCUCUAACAUGCUCUACAAUUACAAAGGUUAUGGGCUUAGUCUUGGGUCCCUUAUCGUUGGAUACGAUAAGUUAGGGCCUGGGUUGUAUUAUGUUGACAAUGAUGGAACACGAUUGACUGGUGAUUAUUUCUCCUCGGGAUCUGGAAGUCCUCAUGCCUACGCUAUCCUUGAUGGAGAACAUAGAUAUGACAUGACCACCCAGGAAGCUAUUGACCUCGGUCGCAAAGCCAUUUACCACGCCACCUACCGGGAUCCAGCGUCUGGUGGGAUUAAUAAUCUUUAUUACAUGGGACCAGAGGGAUGGACCUUCGUUGGAGCUGUGGAUGUGACAACAUUGCAUGAGAAAUAUCACCCGAAGACCAAUUAA